AUGUCUUCAACAAGGUUUAUUCAAGGCAUUUGCUCAGCUCCACAUCAAACUGCUAAUUUAACUCUAAAAAAAGGAUCGUGGUUACACACAUUGAAAGUAGGAGGGAACAUUUUGUAUACGUGUAAAAGAAAAAGAGUUCGCUUCACAAAUACACAUCAAUUCCAAUUUGCAUAUGUUAGCGUACUUAUCCAUUAUUUCACCUUAUCCAAAAAUAUUUCCGAUAGUAUUAACUUGACAAACAAAGAAUCUGUAAAGUCUCUCUCUCAAAUCAAAUGGCGACACUCUUGGGGUUUUCUCAGACCAAGUUUCAACAUUGCAGCGUCUCAAUCUCUCAGACAAAGUUUCAACAUUGCAGAGAAAGUAGGGAAAGCUGUUCAGAAACACAGCCAUCUAGUCAUAGAAGUUGAUGUAAGAGUCUCUGUCCGAGGAGGAGAGUUUGGUAAAGGACCUAGGAUACUUAGAUGCGAGGUAACACUAUUUACAAAGAAGCAUGGUGUUGUGCGCGCUGAAGAAGAUGCUGAGACGGUGUACGCUUGUAUCAACUUGGUAUCGACGAUAAUAGAGAGGAAGCUUAGGAAGAUCAAGGAGAAGGACUCUGACCAUGGAAGGCACAUGAAAGGUUUCAACAGAUUGAAGGUGAGAGAACCGGUGAUUGAGCCGGUUGUUGAGGAUGCUGUUGACUCGAGCACGGGAGAGGAAGCAGAAGAGGAGGAUUUGAUUAAGGAGUACUUUGAGAUGCCACCGUUGACUGUGGCUGAAGCAGUGGAGCAGCUGGAGUUAGUCGCUCACCAUUUUUAUGGAUUCCAAAAUGAAGAAACCGGUGAGAUUAACAUAGUGUAUAAGAGAAGAGAAGGAGGGUACGGUUUGAUCAUUCCCAAGAAAGAUGGCAAGGCUGAGAAAGUUGAGCCACUUCCAACCGAGCAGUUGAAUGAACACUCUUUCGCUGAGUAGACUAUCUGCUCAAACAAAACUGAUCUUAUCCUCCUCACAGUUUGCAUGAUAACAGUGAAAGAAACUGAUUCUGUUAUCGAGUUCAGGAAACGAUGUACAUAAAAGGAAGCCAAACGACUCUUUGUAGAUGAUUUUGUUCUACAUUUUUGAGGUAAGAGAAAUUGAAAGGAAAAAAACAUUGAAAAAAGUUCAAUACAA